GCGCCAGCCACACGCAUAGAGACGUCUUACGAGGCAAGUACCAUAUCUCACUGUUUCCUCACUUUUGCUGCAUAUCUAUCCUGGAUACGUGCAGGCAACUCUGCCGCACUCUGCAUAUUGACCCACAGGCACGCGCGAGACCAACGUGGGCCAUGCACGACCGACUGCUCGCAUUGCCUGCGACUCUCCUAGCACUGGUCGCAGCGACAACCCCAGCUCUAGCUCACGAUCUUCCCUGGCCGCACGAUCUACCACGGAACGCGAAAUACUACCCCGAAGACGAACCACAUGUGAAGCGCGGACUCGAGGCGCAGCAACGAUUGCAAUGGCAGGAACCAACGGGCAUGAAGAAGCUUGGAGACGACCCCGGUGAGAAGUUCUUCAUGCACUAUUGGGAGUUCGGUGAAGCAGAUGAGACGACACGAUGGACUUUGCAGCGCCUAAGACAUCACAGCGAGCUUGGAGUAUGCGGAAAUGCAACACGAUUGUUGCCCCCGCUUGAGCAGCAUGCCAGUGACAACAGCCGCUCGUGGUCAAUAUUCGGACGCGAUAUCUUUGCACGGGAUUUCGAAUGUCCCGGGGGCACGACCUCAUGUCGCAGCAUAGGCUCGGAUCUCUGCUGCCAAAGUGGGGAGACUUGUGUGAACACAUCCGAAGGAGUUGGAUGCUGUCCUCCUGGAGCGACUUGCGGCAAUGAAGUAGGCGAAUGCGAUACGGCUGCAGGGUACUCGAGCUGCCCCGGAGAUGGUGCUGGUUGCUGUAUCCCAGGAGCAGCUUGCGUGGAAGGUGGAUGUGCCUUCUAUGGGACUGCUACAGUCACGACAAACCUACCUGCGCCAACAACGAGCAGUCAACGACCAACGACUAUUAUAGUGUCUGAGUCUGGACAGACCACGACUGUGACAGUGACGGCAAGCGGAGAAGACAACACCCAGACGGUCACUGUCACUGAGCCGACCACAAUUGUUAUUGGAGGUGGCACGAGUAGGACCUGCACUGCUGGCUUUCAGUCUUGUCCGGCGACGUUGGGAGGUGGCUGCUGUCGAAGCGAUCAGAUUUGCGGCGCCAGCACAAGCUGUUUAGAGCUGACGACUACCACUUCAGCAACGGCAGGACCACCAGUGCGUCCUACGAGCAGCGAUAACUCAGUCUCCGCAGCAAAUACAGAACAAAUUUCCUCGACAGCAACCAGUGUUGUUGGCUGUCCUACUGGUUUCUAUAUGUGCUCAGCAGUCUACCUUGGAGGCUGCUGUCGGGUUGACCGCAACUGCGAUACUACCUCAUGUCCCGCAACAGCCUCGACGGAUGUCGUGACCAACUCUGGCCUCACGAUCGCUGCUGCUGGUGGCAAUGCCGUUCCCACUACCGGCUCAUGCGCCAACGGCUGGUCCACGUGCGCCCCAGAUGCAGGUGGAGGAUGCUGUCCUUCUGGAUAUCAAUGCGCUGACAAUUGCAUCAAUACCGCACCGGGAGGCAGCAACACAACGAAGAUGGCCCCGGACUCUGCUGCGCCUGAUGUCCUGGUAAGAGGGACUGCAUGGAGUUUUGGACUGGUUGGGUUAGUGACGGGAGUGGGUAUGAUCCUGCUGUAAUGGGUCAAUGCAGCACAUUAGUCAUCUCUGUAGAUGUGAAUGGACCCAUCCAGGUACAAUUAUGCAUCUGUUGCAACAACAGCAGGGAA